AGAGUAGAUGACACGCUUGUGCCAGAGAUUUCAGUAAACGCUCUCUCGCUGUGUCAUGGCACAUGAUUGACAGUGGAGGAGGUGGGAGCGUGUCAGAGCCACAGCCCGCCCCUUCUUCCUCCCACUUCCCUUUGCUUCAGGCGUCAGUGACGUACAGCCAGAAAGAAAGCGGGACCUGCCCUCCCGUCGCCAUUUUUCGGUCUCGUACUCGCACUUUUGGUUGCUCGUGUGAGUGGAGACCAGUUAAACUCUAUCGUGAGCGCUUUGUAUAGUCGGUAAUCGAGCGGCGUGCGUAAUAAUGCGCACGGAUGUGUUGGGUUAAACGCCUGAGAUGCGCGCGUUGAAGGCAAGUCCCUGCCGUGAAAUCAUUUUUUGUGUGAAGACGUGUUGCGGGCCGCCAUUUUUGCUGUGCUGCCUCAAAAGUCUGCUCUGACUCAAGGAAGGGGAUUGUACGCUGUGUUUCCAUCAAUAUUUCCUCACCCAAAGACAAAGCGAUACAAAGUAACCACUUGAUUUCCUAUUCGCAGCUCGUGAGGGUCCGUUAGCGGCUUUGGUGAGCGCUAGAAGAAGGAGCCACUUUCCAUUCGCUUUACAGACUGCUGGAGUUAAACGAGUUUUUCUCGGAACGCGGAAAAGGGGAAGCUUCAUUGAUCAGUUGUUGCCUUGGUCUGCACAUUGCCAUCUUUUGCUGUUUGCCGAGUUUCCUUUCAAACUUACAGUCCGACAUUCACUGUUGCGUAAAAGUGGCACACUAUGAUCCAAAGUUGGCCCAGGCUAGUCGCAGCCUGUUUGUGAAGCACCGGGUUGCUGCUGUUGGUAAAUUCUGAUAUCAACCAGGGUGUUUGAAGUUGGCAGCAGCUCCUGCGCCCAAUACGCAGGGAAAUAUCACAGGACUACGCAUGCCCUGCCCUGCGUUACCCAGUUUGAAACACCACACAUUUUAAAUUAUUUUUCAGACUCUGCUCUUAUCUGGAUAUUACCAUAUCUUCGCUAGAAAUGUCGCGGUUUGAUUCGUCGGAUCGACCCUCCUGGUAUUUUGGACCUGUGUCCAGACAAGAGGCACAGAACAGACUACAGGGGCAGAAGCAUGGCAUGUUUCUAGUGCGAGACUCGUCUACGUGCCCCGGCGACUACGUGCUGUCAGUAUCUGAGAACUGUAAAGUGUCUCACUACAUUAUCAACUCCCUUUCCAGCCAAAGGUUUAAAAUAGGCGACCAAGAGUUUGAAAAUCUACCUGCUCUACUAGAAUUCUACAAAAUUCAUUUUCUGGACACGACCACGUUGAUAGAGCCAGCUCCAAGGUACCCAAGCACAGUAACAGGACCCAUCCAGUCUAUUGGUGGACCAGAGGAUAACCAGGAGUAUGUGCGGACUCUAUAUGACUUCACUGGUAGUGAUGCAGAGGACCUUCCCUUCAAAAGGGGUGAAAUUUUGGUCAUUCUGGAGAAGCCAGAGGAGCAGUGGUGGAGCGCUAAGAACAAAGAUGGCCGUGUUGGCAUGAUUCCUGUGCCAUAUGUAGAGAAAGUGGUACGACCUUCACCCUUGCCUGGCCAGCCCUCACAUGGAUCACGUAACUCCAACAGUUACGGAAUCCCCGAGCCAUCCAACUCCCUGGUCCAUGCAUACGCUCAGCCCCAGACACCUUCUCCUCUGCCAGGCACACCUGGACCAGUCAUCACCCCGCUCCCAUCUCUGCAGAACGGCCCCGUCAUGGCUAAGGCCAUCCAGAAACGAGUACCCUGUGCCUAUGAUAAAACAGCACUUGCUUUGGAGGUGGGUGACAUCGUGAAGGUGACGCGGAUGAACAUCAACGGCCAAUGGGAGGGUGAGGUGAACGGGCGAAGGGGGUUGUUCCCCUUCACCCACGUCAAAAUCCUUGACCCACAGAACCCUGACGAGAGUGACUGAAUUCAGACACAUGUCCUCCCCGUGAAGCACCCGAUCCCCGCUGGCCCCCGCUCCACCUCGUCCCGCCCACUGUCACCAUGGAUACGCGCUUGCCAUGCUAAGGGGCUGCUGUGCCAUGACCUUCCUCUUGUUGCCUGGCGUCGCGAGGCUUUCAGACUGUUUACAGCUUUGGGGCAUUGGAUCCAAACUCAUUUAUGGUUCCACUCUCUACUCCUCUUUCUGAUUUGUUUGAAUUUGUGUCCCAUUGAGUUCUCAUUCUCUGGGCAUACGAGUGACUGUAAAGUGUAAGUGCAUGUGUGCGUAUUCACUAUAGAUAAUUACAACAUCACAUUACAACUUGUCUGUUUUGGUUUUUUUUCUUUGAUUUUUUUUUUUUUUUGUUUUGUUCUCAGCAUCUGUUACAUUAAAAUACUUAAGCACCUGGCUACAUAUAGAGAUAUUAUAAUAAAUGCAUGUUUUUGUAUCUGCCUUGGCUAUCUCUACACAAUUGUGAAUGUUUAUAUAUUUAUGGGUUUCAGCUUCUUGUUAUAUGCAUUUUAAGGACCCAUUCAAAAUAUACAAUAUUUUGUUUGAAAUUGUUAAGCACUAUGGCAACAGUCCUAAUUUAUCAUCAUUUUGAAAAAUAGAAGAAACUCCAGCAUAAAUUGGAGCUUUCUAGACAUCCAUUAUGGCAGUGGAAUAAUAUUAGGAGAAGGUUAAUUAACAUACAAAAUAAUAGUAAUUGUAUGUGUCUAAAUGGAGUAAUACUUGCUGUUGAUACUGAUAGUGGUGUAAACUGAAUAAUUAUGCACCAAUGUAUGUUAUUUUACUAGAAAUCUAUCCUAUUUAUUGCUAUGGGCUAACUACUAAACACAAGGCUUGAAUUGAAACGUGUUUUAAAAAUACCUGUAUGUGUAGCCGGGCUCAGAGAGAACUAGUGCGGUAUUUCAAAUGGGGUAAAUAUCCUAUUUCCAUGCAUUGACAAUAUGGAGCUAGUGUCUAGUAUCUAGUGUCAUUUCUCCAUAAACUCACUGUUGAAUCAGACAGAGGUUAUCACCUUUUUUUUUUUUUAAUGUGUAUGUGUGGUGUGACUGGCAUGAACCCAUUACGGUAACACUUUCUAAUAACUACCUUCAUUUCACCAACACUUAAUUCUAAGGCAGAACGAUUUGGGGAAAAAAUAUGAAUUGCGGUUUUUCAGACAAGCUUUGCGUUUGCAAUUAAAUUUGCGAUUUAUGUUUUAAUAAUGGGAUCUUGUUCAAAGUUCACAUUGAAACAUGUCCAGAAGAUUUGACAGAAAGGCUGAAAUAUGAACUGACAAAUACAUGUUUGUACAAAUCUAAACUACUGGGUUAGCCAUUUUUAUGACUAUAAGACUGUUUGUGGAAAACAUGAUAGUACUUCAACAAUUCCAGCUUUUACUAUUUGCUAAUUGCGUCCAUUGCAGCCCUACUCGAUUCAUAAAGACCAAAUCAUUUAGUAAAAUUUAUUCAGGCUUAGUAACGUAUUAAUACCUUAACUCCUAACCCCUUAAGUAGUUACUAAGCCUGAAUCAUUCUUAUUAAACUAUUGUUUUGUUAUGAAUUAAGUCUUUCUUAAUGCUUUAUUGAGUCUGUAAAUAGUGUAGUUAUUAUAAAGUGUUGCUCACAUACUUUUUUGACCUCACAAUCCUCUUCUACAACUUGAUUUUGUCUGAUUACACUUUGAAAAAAGCAACAACCGCCAUUAGUGAUUUUACCUUUAGUUUUACUUGUGCCACAUGAUCAAUUUGUGUAUUUUAUUUCUGAAACGGAGAAGCCUUAGGGGUCAUUUGCAUGUAUAUUGGGUACCUCCUACACAGAAAUGGACAUUGCUUUGAGAUUAGCAGGUUUUGGUGCCAACAGAGCCAAGCAAAGGCAGGAGAUACAUUUUAAUACCUUCAAUAGGAGUGCAAAGCUAGCAAAACAACUGCAACGGCGUUUGCUAGCACUCACAGAAUACACAACGCAAGCUAAAACCGCAAAGUGAGGAUUCGUGAACCGGGUUAGACAAAAAAUAUCCAAUCAAUGGCUUUUUUUUUUUCCACCAAGAUGCAAUUUUUAGUGCAUGCAAUCCCCUGUUUUUCUUUUCUCAUUGUGAUGUGUGAUUGUGGUUGUUUUAUUCCUUACACUUGUGUUUUAAAGUAAGCAAGUGGAAGAUUUUGACUGCCUCUUAACCACUUGUUUUCGGAGAGUUAAGGAGCGCUUGAUUCGUGCUACUUUUCAACCUUGUGUUCAAAUCCUGACAACCCCGCCUUUCGUUUGGUGAUAAUGUGUUGUUUUGACCCGGACAGCGAGCAGUUGUCAGUCCAGUGAAAGCGAAUGACAGAAGUGCGUUUAAGGUGACAUUUUGUAAAGGGAAAAUGCCUGCUGGGUGCCUAUGUGCAUGACCUCUUGGCUAGGGAGAUCGCUCUUCUUGGCCAAAAUGCUGCUUAAUGUCAUUGUAUUCUAUGAAAUUAAUGUUUUUUUUCCUCGUGUAACACCUCUCAGUCUGUAAAAUGAACAGCAUUGGGUUCUCCUCAAUACAAGUCGACUAAUUAAGCAAUAGAUUGUUAUUAUCUGGAGGUGAACUUGCUUUGUCAUGCUUCAAAGUUUGUUUUAUAAUGGCAUUAACAGUAUUACUGUGCUCUUGCUCAUUCUAGGAAAGCCUGUCUUUUACUUAAAGGGCCUAUAUUAUGCAAAAUUGACUCCUGUGAGCUUUUAGCCGUGUUAGAAUGCUGUUACCUCAUCAAAAACAUACCCUGAUUUGUGUUUUGUUUAUCCUGCAUUACUGCGCUGUCUACAUCUCCAAAGCUUAAAAUGCUCUGUUCCACCUUGUGAUGUCAUUGAUUAGUAGUUUUCAAGUUAACCGUUAUUUUUAGCCUCAAUUAAACUGCUUUACUCUGCACUACACUCCAAUAACCAUAAGUUGUUGCUCUGUUUUUUUAACAUUUGUACAGUCGAGAUUGCCAUAGAAAGUCAACAAUAUCCUUUGAUCUUCUGGUGUCCUUUAAACGAGGCCGUAGAUUCAAAGUUUUGCAAUUCCAGGGCUGCAAUUUUUCUAAUGAUUCUAGUGAAGGCGUACAGAGUUUAAAAACACAGUGGAGCACUUCCUGUAUUAUCACAUGACAAGGUGGAACCAACUGUUUUUAGCAGAACUCAGCCUAAAUAUGGAUGAUUUGUGUGUUAAACAUGCGUGAAAGAAGCAAAACACAACUUCAGUAAUGUUUUUGAUGAGGAAACAUUACAUAGAUCAAAAAUUAGCAUAAUAUAGGCCCAGAAUUGAAAAUCGUGCCUUUUAUUUUCUUAUACCAUUUAAACAUGUGUUAAUAUUUUCCAUGGUUAACACCUGUGCUGGUAUUGACCCUUUAUGUACAGAACAAGUAAAUAAAGUUUAUGUCUACUUCUUUA